AUGCUUUCCUUUUUUUGUCAUUGCCAUUACCGUUAUUAUUUGUCUCCAAUUUUAAUUGCUGGUAAUAUUUUUAUCUAUCUAUCUAUCUAUCUAUCUAUCUAUCUAUCUAUCUAUCUAUCUCAGUCUAUUCAUAUCUAUCUAUCUAUCUAUCUAUCUAUCUAUCUAUCUAUCUAUCUCAGUCUAUAUUGGUUUAGUUUCUUUCGUUUUUAUGGUAUAUCAAAUUCAAUGGGUUAUUUAAUGCGGACAAUAUAUUUUAUUGCUGCUAAUAUUUUUUAUCUAUCUAUCUAUCUAUCUAUCUAUCUAUCUAUCUAUCUAUCUAUCUAUCUAUCUAUCUCAGUCUGUCUGUCUGUCUAUCUAUCUAUCUAUCUAUCUAUCUAUCUCAGGAUAUAUUGGUUUGGUUUAUUUUUAUUGCUGGUAAUAUUUUAUCUAUCUAUCUAUCUAUCUAUCUAUCUAUCUAUCUAUCUCAGUAUAUAUUGGUUUGGUUUUGUUUCAUUUUUAUUGCUGGUAAUAUUUUUAUCUAUCUAUCUAUCUAUCUAUCUAUCUAUCUAUCUAUCUAUCUAUCUAUCUCAGUAUAUAUUGGUUUGGUUUGUUUCUUUUUUAUGGUAUAUCAAAAUCAAUGGGUUAUUUAAUUCCAACAAUAUUUUUAUUGCUGCAAUAUUUUUUAUCUAUCUAUCUAUCUAUCUAUCUAUCUAUCUAUCUAUCAAUCUAUCUAUCUAUCUCAGUCUGUCUGUCUAUCUAUCUAUCUAUCUAUCUAUCUAUCUAUCUAUCUAUCUAUCUCAAUUUUUAUUGCUGGUAAUAUUUUUAUCUAUCUAUCUAUCUAUCUAUCUAUCUAUCUAUCUAUCUAUCUCAAUUUUUAUUGCUGGUAAUAUUUUUAUCUAUCUAUCUAUCUAUCUAUCUAUCUAUCUAUCUAUCUAUCUAUCUAUCUAUCUAUCUCAGUAUAUAUUGGUUUGGUUUGUUUCUUUUUUAUGGUAUAUCAAAAUCAAUGGGUUAUUUAAUUCCAACAAUAUUUUUAUUGCUGCAAUAUUUUUUAUCUAUCUAUCUAUCUAUCUAUCUAUCUAUCUAUCUAUCUAUCUCAGACUUCCUGUUCUUCUUUCUUCUGUUACACCCUCUCUCUAG